AGGGAGGCGCGCGAGCGAGCAAGCUUGCACUCACUCGGAUCCCAAGCCCGGGCGGCGCAGAAGCAGCUGCGGCCGCGCCCUAGUCCGAGUCGGUGCAUCCGCCCAGCCCGGUCCCGCCCGCGGGCGUCAGGGCUCCCGAGGAUGGAGGAUUCCCUGGAGACAUCGCCAUCCUCCAACAACUCCUCCGAAGAGCUCAGCUCUGCCCUGCAGCUGUCCAAGGGCAUGUCGAUCUUCCUCGACAUACUGAGGCGAGCAGACAAAAAUGAUGAUGGAAAAUUAUCUUUUGAAGAAUUCAAAGCAUAUUUUGCAGAUGGUGUUCUCAGUGGAGAAGAAUUACAUGAACUCUUCCAUACCAUUGAUACACACAACACUAACAAUCUUGACACAGAGGAGCUAUGUGAAUAUUUUUCUCAGCACUUGGGCGAGUAUGAGAACGUGCUAGCAGCACUGGAAGACCUGAAUCUCUCCAUCCUGAAGGCAAUGGGAAAAACAAAGAAAGACUAUCAAGAAGCUUCCAAUUUGGAACAAUUUGUGACUCGAUUUCUGUUGAAGGAGACAUUGAAUCAGCUGCAGUCUCUCCAGAAUUCCCUGGAAUGUGCCAUGGAAACUACCGAGGAGCAAACACGUCAAGAAAGGCAAGGGCCAGCCAAGCCAGAAGUCCUGUCCAUUCAGUGGCCUGGCAAGCGAUCGAGCCGUCGGGUCCAGAGACACAACAGCUUCUCCCCCAACAGCCCUCAGUUUAAUGUCAGCGGUCCAGGCUUGCUAGAAGAAGACAACCAGUGGAUGACCCAGAUCAACAGACUCCAGAAAUUAAUCGAUAGACUGGAAAAGAAGGAUCUCAAACUGGAACCACUGGAAGAAGAAAUUAUUGACGGGAAUACUAAAUCUCAUAUCAUGCUCGUGCAGCGUCAGAUGUCUGUGAUAGAAGAGGAUUUGGAAGAAUUCCAGCUGGCUCUGAAACACUACGUGGAGAGUGCUUCCGCCCAGAGUGGCUGCUUGCGUAUUUCUAUACAGAAGCUUUCAAAUGAACCCCGCUAUAUGAUUUAUGAGUUUUGGGAGAACAGUAGCGUGUGGAAUAGCCACCUUCAGACGAAUUAUAGCAAGACAUUCCAAAGAAGUAACGUGGAUUUCUUGGAAACUCCGGAACUCACAUCUACUAUGCUAGUUCCUGCUUCAUGGUGGGUCCUGAACAACAACUAGAUGUUCCUAGACAUUUUCUUUAUGGUUCCAAGUGCAAAACAAGUGUUAUUAUCAAAAGUGUCAAUUAGAAAAUUUUGUUUGUUAAUUUACUGUAUAUUUUUGUUUAAUAUAUUUAAGUGCACUCUUCUGAAGUAUAAUCUGUAUCAUUCGUGUGUAUUUUAGCUCAAUUUUCAAAAUUCUCAGUAUUUGAUGGUAAUUGCUUUGCUACAUUGUUACCAACCUAAAGUCAUCUAGUGACAAAAUCCUAAUGUGUGAAAAAAGUAUAUAUAAAGUCGUGAAAAGAAAUUACAAAGAAAAACCUUUGAAAACAUUACUUUUAGAAUAUUACUUCAUAGGAUAGAUUUUAUAAAUUGCCCUACAGUAUAAAGGGUUACAUCAAUGCUCUAGCCAUUUAUUUUUUAGUAACAUUUUCUUGGUGAGGCUUAUUCUUCAAUAUCAUCUACUCUAUUCCCAACACAUGAUCCUAUAACUAUUCUCUUCACAUUACUUAAAAAGUCAGAAUACUGGCAUAAAACAACCUUGGCUUUAACCUAUAGAAUCUCUACUUGUGCGUCAGGUUAUAAACUGGUUUUUCAUGAGUGUAUAAUUCUGUGAUAAGAUAGGCAACCAAUUAGUAAUAUAACACAAUAGUAUCAUUUAUUAGCUUCAUAAUUCCCUGUACAUAAGUUAAACAUUAUCAAGCACAGAAGAGUUUUACUUUGGCAAAAUCUGACUCGAAUUUUAUGGCAUAUUGUUAACUUUUCUUAUGAAAAACAGAUAUUUACAUUUAAAUCAGGGUUUCAAAAUACAGUGCUUUAAAAAUAAAAUUUUAACUCAAAUGAAUAGAAAGGAAAUAUAAAACAAGCACAAUAAUUUCAGGGCAGAAUUUCCACACUGAAACUAUGAAUCUUACAUUGCCUUCUCUACAAAAGCUUAGAAAUUAAAUCUUUUUAGUAAAAAAAAUCUCCUAUUCUGAUCAUAAGUCCAGCUUAAAAAUGCAAUACAAAAAAUGUAAAAAAAAUUUAAUGUAAAAAUGCAAUACAACUAGAAAUGAAUGAUAUUAUUCUUAGUCCAAAUUCCUUUGAAAUCCUGGGCCUUCAGGGAAAGAAGCUGUAAGGUAAAUUUUCCUAUUUUCAAUUAAAAAUUGUUGAAAAAAAAACAAAAGAAAAAGAGAGUAAAUUAAGAUUAAAAUUUUAUUUCAUAAAUAUAAAAUUUGACUAGAAAGCAUGCAUGUGCACACGUGUGUGUGUCUGUCUGUCCAUCUCUGGUUAUUUCUUUUUUCUGGUCAGUUUUAAAGAUGACAAGCACUAGGAAACAACACCUGACUCAACUCUUUUAAUAAAUAUACAAAGCAGAGAACAACAUUAAUGGAGAUGUACAAUGAUUAUUCAAACAAGUUAUACAUAUGUACAAAGGCAAUAAUAAAACAGUCUUUGUGCUCUUACUCUGAUUAUACGUAGUAAGAAAGGAUCAAGACUUUGAAACUUAAGGGACUUCUGACAUACAAACUCUUCUUGAAAAUGUUUGUUUUAAAUGGUUUCAAAAAUACAAUUAACAACAAAUCAAAACAUUGCUUUGGUUGGUCCAUUUCAGUAUCCAACUCAAAAAGCAUAUCAAGUCUUUUGGGUUUGAGGCAGUUUCCAAAGUAGCUUGGUAAGUAUGACUAAAAAGGAUUCUGCCUGAUACUAGUGCUAAGUAGAAAGACUCUCUAGAUUGCAAAUUGGAAUACAUUCUACCAGCUUUUUAAAACUAGAAUGUAAAGGACUUGAGAAUAGGAAAAUAAUAAAGCAAACCAAUUUAAUUAUAUGGUAAUUCUGACCCCAGUUUUUAGACGUACAUUUUUCUAUGUUUGUCAGUGUGUAAAUAUGUGUAUGGGUGUGUGUGUGUGUGUAUGUGUUUUCACAUACACAUGUGUACUGGACCUAUAGUAUAAAAGGAAAUAGUAGGACAAAACACAAAUUAAAAAAAAAAAAAACUGGGCCCUAAGAAUAAAUAUCUCAUUUAAAAGUAAGCAAUAUAUUUAUGGUUAAUGAAGGGUAUUUUUUUCCUAUUUAAAAAACAAUCCUUUUUCUGGGGAACAAAAUAAUGAAAAAGAGGGUACUGAAAGAGCAAGAUAGGAAACCUACCUAUGGACUAAAAGUUGAAUCUGAAUAACAAGCCCAAAAACCACUAAAGAAAAGGUUCUGGUUUUAGGAGUUCACAUUUAGAGAAAGAUAAAUUUUCUGCCAAAUGAUGGCCUUAAACAUCAACAGACCCAGGGAUCUGAGAAAAUAGGCGUAAGGAAAGUUUAUACUUACCUUUAGAUCAGCAAAUUUUUUGACACUAUGCUGGGAGAAACUUUUUUUUUUUAAUAACAGUAACAUCCAGAGUGGAAAAACUGCAGAAGGCUUAUUAAAAGUUCAAACUCCCAAAUUCUGUAUCCAUAUAUGUUCCUAUUAUAAGAAAUUAUAGAAUUGAAACUUAAUGCACCUCAAUUAUUUUCAAAUGCCUAAAUUUUUCCUCUUUUGGAAAUAAAAGUAUCAGUUUUAUUUUGUAAUUGGCUCAACUUCCACUGUUCACAUGGCCAAAACAGUAGCAGCUAUUUUUCAACCUCAGUUUCAUUUACUACCACUGUUUUUAAACUGUCAAUCUCUGCUAGUAAUUACGAAUCUAAGACAAUGUUAUUAUCAAAAACCUAGACAUCAAUCAUAUAUUUGAAAAGAAAUGUCUAUUAAAAAAAUUCUCCCUCCUGUCAUUGACAACUAUAUAUUGCCCACCCCAAAUCAUUCUAGGCCUUUGGAGAGAAUGUAAUGAUCUGUUCAAGCGCUGGUAGGAAAUCAGUGCAAAACAGAACAAAAGCAACUUUUAAAGCAACAAGAAAUUAUGUACCAUAUAUACAUCGUAGCAAAUACUUUAUAUUUGAGAAUCUUUACAGCUUACAUUUCCAUUUCAUUAUUACAAGUGAUGAAAAACAAAAAAUUGCAAGUAGCAUGCAAAUUAUACAGUCUUCCCACUUCACUAACCAAAUUCCUACUUUCCAGUGUUAUUUCCCAAUUUUUGCAGGAAACGUCCUGCAAAGCUGAAACUGAUUUGAAAAUUCUUUAUAGAUUAAAAUAUCUCUUUUUCAUUUUAGGAGAAGCCAAAUAUCCAACCAUCAAAAUUAAAAAUAAAUUGAAUUGUCACAGUCCAUUACAGUUAUUGUUACUAGAUCCACUUCAUUUUCAGGUGUCCAAAAUAUAAAACGAAUAAUUCUUUAUCUUCAUAUUCAUCUGUUCUUAAAAUGCUACUUAAAACUUUGGUUGUUUUCCUGUAAUAUAGAAGAAAGAGUUAAAUCAUCAACUAGAUUAACUUAGUAGUUUUUACAAAUUAGUUUAUCAAACCAAAUACUGUGAAUCCACUUAAGUGUUUACAGAUCUAAAUGCAUGUUACUAUAGAAACUAUUAAGGUAACUGAAAUUGUCAAAUAAAAAAAAAACAGUUCUGUUUCACUAAACCUAUGUAAUUCAUUUUUAAAUAUAUUAAACUGAAUUACAAAUCUGUUCUUGGGUUUCUGUAGUAGUUAGUUUUAUGAAUGUUAUUAAUGCAUAAAUGGAAACUUUAUUCUAAUGUAUGUUUGUUCAUAAGAAAGUGUAAGUCAAACUUUUAUUUAUAAAAUAAAAGUGUUAUUUAAAUUGGAAA